CGCACGCGGCUACUCCCGCCGAUUGGAAUUUGUGCACUCUCCAUUUCGUCGCCAGCGCCCGCCAGCUGCACCAUCGCCAACACCCAGCGACGCACCGACAAGAUGCCUUUCGUGAGUAUUUCCCCACGCCGGAGGACGAUGAGUCGCCGCAAGUUGCUUCGGAAGGGGGUCUGAAGCGUCAAUUGCUGACUCGGGACUGUGUUGUAGACCAAGUUGGUCAAGAACAGCGCCUACUUCAGCCGUUACCAGGUGAAGUACAAGCGCCGCCGAUCUGGCAAGACCGACUACUACGCCCGCAAGCGCCUCAUCACCCAGGCCAAGAACAAGUACAAUGCACCAAAGUACCGCCUGGUGAUCCGCUUCACCAACAAGGACAUCAUUGCUCAGAUCGUCACCUCUGAGCUCACCGGCGACAAGGUCUUCGUUGCCGCCUACGGCCACGAGCUGAAGCGCUACGGCAUCACCCACGGUCUCACCAACUGGGCCGCCGCUUACUGCGUUGGUCUUCUCAUCGCCCGCCGCGCACUCAACAAGCUCGAGCUGGAGGACACCUUCACUGGUGUUGAGGAGGCUGAUGGCGAGUUCACCGAGACUCAGCCAGAGGAGGUUGACGGCGAGACCCGCCGCCCAUUCAAGGUCUUCCUCGAUGUCGGUCUCACCCGCACCAGCACUGGUGCCCGUGUCUUCGGUGCCAUGAAGGGUGCCUCAGACGGCGGUCUCUACGUGCCACACUCCGAGAAGCGUUUCCCUGGUUACGACAUCGAGACCAAGGAGCUCGACGCCGAGACUCUCCGCAAGUACAUCUUCGGCGGUCACGUCGCUGAGUACAUGGAGACCCUCGCCGACGACGAUGAGGAGCGCUACAAGUCUCAGUUCUCUGGCUACAUCGACGACGAGAUUGAGGCUGAUGGCCUCGAGGAGCUGUACCAGGAGGCCCACAAGGCCAUCCGCGAGGACCCAUGGAAGAAGGAUGAUGAGGCCGGCGAGAAGAAGAGCAAGGACGAGUGGAAGGCAGAGUCGCUCAAGUUCAAGCAGAACAAGCUCACACGCGAGGAGCGUCGCCAACGUGUGCAAGAGAAGAUCCAGGCUCUGGCAGCGGAGCUGUAGAUUUCCUCAGCCGGUGGAUGGACAUCUUCGCGGUCGUAGUACUGCUGGGAGUUUCGUUCGUGUUGUUCACGGAUGUCACGGAUUGGGAGGCGCAAAUAAGGAAAGCAUUAGCGGCGUUAUGAUGAUGAUCGCACCUUCGUAGUGCUAUGAAUUUCGAAUCUUGCACCCUUUCCGUGAAAU